CUCUCACCAACCGAGCUCACCCACUCUCCCGUUACCCGGAAGUAUGCAGAAUUCCCAAAGAUGGCGGAACAAGGUCCGAUGGCGAUAGCUAUGCGGCUAAGAAAUCAGCUGCAGAACGUCUACAAGCUCGACCCGUUGAGAAACGAGGAAGAAGUAAAAAUAAAAAUAAAGGACCUAAAUGAACACAUCGUGUGCUACCUGUGCGCUGGAUACUUCAUUGAUGCCACCACCAUCACAGAAUGUCUUCAUACGUUCUGUAAGAGUUGCAUCGUAAAGUAUCUCCAGACCAGCAAGUAUUGUCCGAUGUGUAACAUCAAAAUCCACGAAACGCAGCCUCUUCUGAACCUGAAGCUGGACAGAGUCAUGCAGGACAUCGUCUUCAAACUCGUCCCAGGUCUACAGGAGAGCGAAGACAAAAGAAUUAAAGAAUUCUAUCAGUCACGGGGUCUUGAACGCAUCAUACAGCCGUCUGGAGAAGAUUCAGUUCCGGAUAAUACAGGAUUACCCUACACAAGCUUCGAUCACUCUAAAGCUCAUUUCUACAGAUACGAUGAGCAGGUCUCUCUCUGUUUGGAAAGGCAAAGUUCGUCAUUUUCUGGAAAAGACAAACACAGAUUAACUUUACAGCAGAAGUUUGUGCGUUGUUCGGUCAGGGCUGAAGUACGGCAUCUGAGGAAGGUGUUGUGUCAUCGGCUGAAUGUAGAAAAACAUCAGGUCCAGAUGUUAUUCAAUAAUGAAUCCCUCCCAGAUCACAUGACCAUGAAGCGUCUCUGGCUUGCUCACUGGUUUGGAAAGGUAUUACAGUCUAAUGCGUCUCCAGCUAAUUUCAUACUGCAUUCUUUUACACCAUCAGCCUGUUAGUGUUCCCUUUAGGUGGGAUCUUCAUUUCAUUUUCUAGCACGCUUGCGAUUUACUGUGCAGUAUUUCACACACUGAAUGAAGAACACUUCUCUGAGGGAUCACAGGCAGAUUUAAGAUUUAUUAGGACUGGGAAAAGCUGUAUGCCUGUCGUCGCCUUGUGGUCUGUAAAAGGGAAUAGAAGUGCGGUUCUCCAUAUUGUUUUAAGCAGACAUCAUUAUAAAGAUUGUGGGAAUCUACAUUGUUACGUAUGUUCUAUCCUUUGUUUUGAUUAUUUAAAUAAUUUAAUUCUUGUUUUCUUCU